AUGUUGCUGCCUGGCCGUGGCGUGGCGAUGCCGUUGAUCAGAUCCGCGCCGCAGCAGCUGCAGCAGCGGAGGAGUUGCCGCUGCUGUUUGACGGAAAUGAAGAACAGAGAUUUACUUUCAACACUUCUCACUUUGUCUGAAAAGCAUAACAACAGCCUUUCUUUUCUGAGAAUUGCUACCCGGACUCUGACUAAUAUCUUUGAGACUCUCACUAAUAUCUCUGGGGGAGCACCUAAAGUUCCAUUGGAGCAGGUUCUGUUUGCCAUUCGGACUUUUAAGUCUCUCCUUGAUUUAAAAGAUGAAGAGGUCUUGAAAGAAGCUUGUUGGGCAUUGUUUUAUAUAUCUCACUAUAAAAAUGGAAUAGAAACAACCAUGUAUAAAGAUGAAGACGUAUGUUUCAAGCUUGCCUAUCUUUUUGACCAUGCACCUCUGAUUGUGCUUUUUCCUGCACUUCGGGCAAUCACAUCAAUUGUUCUUGGAGCUUAUUGGAAUAUGGAUCGGCGGGUUUUGCUUCUUAGAGGACUUUGCGUAGGAGCCAUGAUGAGAAAAGAUAUACAGCCCUUCUUUAAGAAAGACAAGCGUUGUCAUGAUCAGUUUGCGUUCGAGAUGCAGAAUUUCAACCCUAGUUUUCGAAAGGCAGUGUGGCUGCCGCAUUCUGAGAAAUGAAACUGUGUUUUUUCCCCCUUUGUUAAUAUAGUUAGUUCAUUCGGCUUCUUUUGUUUAAAACAUACAUUUCAGAUGAUGGUUUAGAUCUUCCAUUUGUUUUGGAGUUUCUUUUGUUUAAAACAUACAUUUCUGAUGAUGGUUUAGAUGUUCCAUUUGUUUUGGAGUUGCAGUGUGAAGUUAUUGAUUUCUUGUCA